GCUUGUGGGGAAACGAAAGUGAGGGAGGCGGCAGAGGCUCUGGCAGCGGCAGGGCCAGGCCCGGCGGCGGCAGCGGUGGUGGCGACAGCGUGGGCCUGACCCCCCUCUGCGCUCCCUGGCAGCUCGCCCUGUCCCCUGAGCUAACAAUGAAGAGGAGAACUGACCCAGAACGCACUGCCCCCAUCAAGAAACAGAAAAAAAGAGUUGCAGAGCUUGGCCUGAACCUCAGCUCCACGUCCGACGAUGACCCUCCCUCUGUCAAUCACGCAGUGAAAGCAUCUACCACCAGCUUAAGUGAGUCUGACAGUGAGAAUGAGGGGAAGCGGCGCAGCUCCGACUCUUUCCAUGAAGCGUUCAAAGAGGACUCCCUUGUGGAGGGAACGUCCUCUCGUUACUCCAUGUACAAUAGUGUGUCCCAGAAGCUCAUGGCCAAGAUGGGCUUCAGGGAAGGUGAAGGACUGGGUAAAUACAGCCAGGGUCGGAAGGACAUCGUUGAGGCCUCUAGUCAGAAAGGUCGAAGAGGCUUGGGUCUGACGCUUCGGGGCUUUGACCAGGAGCUGAACGUGGACUGGCGAGAUGAGCCAGAGCCCAGUGCCUGUGAGCAAGUGUCAUGGUUCCCAGAAUGCACCACGGAAAUUCCUGACACUCAGGAAAUGGGCGACUGGAUGGUUGUGGGAAAGAGAAAGUUGAUGAUUGAAGAUGAAACAGAAUUUUGUGGGGAAGAGCUGCUUCAUAGUGUGUUGCAGUGUAAGAGUGUGUUUGAUGACUUGGACGGGGAGGAGAUGAGGCGAGCUCGCACCCGGGCCAAUCCCUACGAGAUGAUCCGAGGAGUCUUCUUCCUGAACAGGGCCGCGAUGAAGAUGGCUAACAUGGAUUUUGUGUUUGAUUGCAUGUUUACAAAUCCACGGGACUCUAAUGGGAAGCCUCUGGUAAAGGACCGGGACCCCGAUCUCCUGUACUUUGCUGAUGUCUGUGCGGGCCCAGGUGGCUUCUCGGAGUAUGUGCUGUGGAGGAAGAAGUGGCACGCAAAGGGCUUUGGGAUGACUCUGAAGGGCCCUAAUGACUUCAAGCUGGAGGACUUCUACUCGGCCUCCAGUGAACUCUUCGAGCCCUACUACGGUGAGCAUGGGAUCGAUGGAGAUGGAGAUAUCACCCGCCCAGAGAACAUCAGUGCUUUUCGGAAUUUUGUCCUGGAUAAUACAGAUCGCAAAGGUGUCCACUUUCUGAUGGCUGAUGGGGGUUUCUCGGUGGAGGGCCAGGAGAACCUGCAGGAGAUCCUCAGCAAGCAGCUGCUGCUGUGUCAGUUCCUGAUGGCACUGUCCGUGGUCCGCACAGGCGGCCACUUCAUCUGUAAAACCUUUGACCUGUUCACACCAUUCAGCGUGGGGCUCAUCUACCUGCUGUACUGCUGCUUUGAACGAGUGUGCCUCUUCAAACCCGUUACUAGCCGUCCUGCCAACUCGGAGAGGUAUGUGGUGUGCAAGGGCCUGAAGGUGGGCAUAGACGACGUUCGGGAUUACCUCUUCUCGGUGAAUAUUAAGCUCAACCAGCUGCGAAACACCGAUUCCGAUGUCAACCUUGUGGUCCCCUUGGAGGUGAUCAAAGGAGAUCAUGAAUUUACUGACUACAUGAUACGGUCUAAUGAGAGCCAUUGUGGUCUGCAGAUCAAAGCUCUGGCCAAAAUCCACGCCUUUGUUCAAGACACGACCCUGAGUGAACCUCGGCAGGCAGAGAUCCGCAAAGAGUGCCUCCAGCUCUGGGGGAUCCCAGACCAGGCUCGAGUUGCUCCUUCUUCCUCUGACCCGAAAUCUAAAUUCUUUGAGCUAAUUCAGGGCACCGAGAUUGACAUCUUCAGCUACAAACCCACGCUGCUCACCUCCAAGACCCUGGAGAAGAUCCGCCCCGUGCUGGACUACCGCUGCAUGGUGUCUGGCAGCGAGCAGAAGUUCCUCAUCGGCCUAGGGAAGUCCCAGAUCUACACAUGGGAUGGCCGCCAGUCAGACCGCUGGGUGAAGCUGGACCUGAAGACAGAGCUGCCCCGGGACACCCUGCUCUCUGUGGAAAUUGUGCAUGAGCUGAAAGGGGAGGGGAAGGCCCAGCGGAAGAUCAGUGCCAUCCACAUCCUCGACGUCCUCGUGCUGAACGGCAAUGACGUUCGGGAGCAGCACUUUAACCAGCGAAUUCAGCUGGCUGAGAAGUUUGUGAAAGCGGUGUCCAAGCCCAGUCGGCCUGACAUGAAUCCCAUCAGGGUGAAGGAGGUGUACAGGCUGGAGGAAAUGGAGAAGAUUUUUGUCAGGUUGGAAAUGAAGAUCAUCAAGGGUUCCAGUGGCACCCCCAGGCUCAGCUACACAGGGCGGGAUGACCGGCACUUUGUGCCCACGGGCCUCUACAUCGUCAGGACGGUGAAUGAGCCGUGGACCAUGGGAUUCAGCAAAAGCUUUAAGAGGAAGUUCUUCUAUAACAAGAAAACCAAGAAGUCGACCUUCGACCUCCCCGCAGACUCCAUUGCCCCAUUUCACAUCUGCCACUACGGCCGGCUCUUCUGGGAGUGGGGGGAUGGCAUCCGUGUGCACGACUCCCAGAAGCCCCAGGACCCGGACAAGUUGUCUAAGGAGGACGUCCUCUCCUUCAUCCAGAUGCACAGCGCCUGAGGGCCGUGGGCCGCCCCACCCUGCCGCAGCCUAGUGCCCUAUCGCUUUCCGAGACAGGGCAGGGCAGGGCGCUCAGGACCUGGGGCCCACAGCACUGUGUCUUCCCCCUCUUGGAAAGAGACUGGAGCACCUCGGCCUGGCCCCGAGGGUCCGUCAGGGCCUCCAGCAAACUGCACACGUUCCUCAUGGAGCUCUAUCCUGCUGAGGCAGGUGUGAGGUCAGUGCCCAAGGUGUGCGGGGCAGGCGGGGCCAUGGCAGAGGGCGGCCGCGCUCUGCCGGAUCCUGUAGACUCACUUUUCUGAGUCCCAUGCACGAGGGUGGCUGUGUCCCCGCUUUGCCCACAUGAGUGGGUAGAGGCCAGGAGCAGCUGCUCUACAAAUCAAGGUUGUGUUUUUUUAAACUUGCAGUUUUGAUGCCAAGUGGGAGACUUUUUGUCUCCUCCCCUAGCCUGUCCCGGCCUUCCCAGCCUGAACCUCUGACAGUCCCGGCAGGCCGGGAAGGAAGAGUGGUACUGGGUGCGAUUGCCUCCCAGCGUUGUGGCGCCUCCCUGGGCCCACAACCUCGACUCAAACCUUGGGCAACUCUAAGAGGGCAGGCAUCAGCCUCCCUCUCCCUGCCAGCAGCAGCGGUCGCCCUCUGGCUGUCACACAGCUGUCUUGGCACUUUCAGGGGUGGGCGUAGCUCCUUGCUACCCUUCCUCGUGUUUCCCCCCCCACAAGGAGGCAUGGGCUGCUUUCGUUCAAACAUGUGGUCACUCCAUUUCCUGUAUCUUGGCAGAGGCAGAGGGGAAGCUGGGCAGUGGCUUUGGGUGGGGGAGGGCACCUGUGGUUGUUUUUAAUGGGAAAUACCUCUCAUGUUCAAGUGGGCUCCCUGGGGCCCCAUCCCAGUGGCAGACUGGUUUCCAUGGAGAUGGGGCACUGAGACUCCAGCAUGG